AUGGGAGCCCCAUCGAAGUCGGGUCGGCUUGCCGGACCGUCGGAGAUGCCCAUCAAGGUUGAGGAGCCUACCUCGGCUGAAACGCGGUGGUUGUGGGACAAGCGCUAUGAUAGUAACAAUCCACUCUACCUUAGUGGGAGGAAGGACCCUAAGGCGCAAGCCGACCGGACUCAGAAAGGUACGGAUUUCGAUCCGGUGCUGGUGGCCCAUACGGCGACCCGGGUAAGAUUAGCUCUGCCUGAACCUCUGUGGCUCUUAAAUAGCGCCUAG